GUCUUGUAUUUAUUUCAAGUCGUGGUAGAAAAAUUUAAGAUUAUGAAAAUGAUUUAGUUAGAUAAUUAUGGUACUUUUCAGUCGUAGAUGGUCAUAUAGUCUUAGAAUUUAUUUUAAAUUAUGAUUUAUCUAUUAAUAAUUAGUUUUUUUUAAAGAUUUUUUGUCAAGAUAUUUUAAAAAAGUUUAUACAAUUUAACCUACACUUUAAGUUUACCUCGUUUUCCGUCUUAUGUAUCAUACAAUGCAAGCCUUAGGUGUUACUUGGAGGAAAAUUGCAUCAAAUAUAAGGGGAACCAGUCCUGUGGCAUAUUUUAGAAGAGCAGUGAAAGUAGCAUUUAGUGAUAAAUAUCUAUUAUAUACAAAUGUUACUAUAUCUAUAAGUUUAUCAUCACUGGGUGACAUUAUGGAACAGACCUAUGAGAUCUAUACAAAAGAACAAGAUGAGUAUGACUUUAAAAGAACCAUGCAUAUGGCAUUUUCUGGUGCUGCUGUUGGUGUGUUGUGUCACCAUUGGUACAAAGUAUUAGAUAAGGUCAUAGUUGGGAAAACUACAGAUAUGGUAGUUAAAAAACUAUUACUUGACCAAAUAAUUUUUUCACCCAUUAUGAUAGCAACAUUUUUUGGAAGUGUUGCUCUGUUUGAAGAAAAUCCAUUAGAAAAUUUCAAAGAAGAAUUGAAAGAUAAAUUUAUAACACUGUAUAAAGCAGAGUGGACGGUUUGGCCACCAGCACAAAUUAUAAAUUUUUAUUUCUUACCAACUAGAUUUAGAGUUUUGUAUGACAAUACAAUAUCUUUAGGAUAUGAUGUAUAUACUUCACAAGUGAAACAUAGUAAAGACAUAAAAAAUAUACCAAAUGAGAUGAAACAAAAAGAAAUAUCUUGACAAAUGUCAUUCAACCUAGUUAAAAUAUUGUUUUUAUUUAAUUUUAUAGUUGUUGAUUUUCAAAACAAUGUACAUACUUGAUAUUUGUAUAAAUGGCAAUACAAUUCAUAGUUUAAAGUUAUCAAUAAAAAGCUUCACUGUGAUAAAAUAAAAUUUAAUUUAUUUAAUACUAUCUAUUAGUCUUGGACUAUGGUGCUAUAAUCAAUAAAUAUUUCUAUAAUGUAUUUUAAUAUUAUUUUUAUUUUAAACAUUCUACUUAGGAGUAAGAAAAGGCUCUUCUACUGGAGAAUUUCUUUUAGAUUUAAUAUUACUGACUACAUUUUGGAUAAUAUUUUCAUGCAAAAUUCUUUCUGGCCAAGACUCAGAAUAUCUGUUAUUUUUUCGACUUCCGAGCAAUGAUGAUACUCUGCUUAUUGUUGGUGUACCUUUAUGUGAACGAAAUGAUCUACCUCGGUUUUCUCUUAAACCAAGCAAUGAUGUGAGCAGUUUAUCAAGUGCUUCAAUAUCAUUCACAUUUCCACUUUGUAUUGUCUGCAUUGGUGUAUUCAUGCCGGAGUUAAUCAUGCUGGAACACUGAGAGCUUGGAGGAUAUGGCUGUAGUCCAAUAGUGCGUAUUACCUGAAACAUUGAUGUAAUGUAAGAACAUUUUAUUUCAAGCAAAAUAGUGGAUGUGGUUAGGGUAAUAUAAUGGUGUCCAUAUGUCCAGAGGUCUUUUCUCCAUAUAAGUCAGUAAGCAAAUGGUCUUUUCUCCAUAUAAAUGCUCACGCCUGUUUUCUUUCUGGUUUAUGACCUUAACGAGUUUUUACAGUAAAAUAAAUAUCAACCUAUUCUGUGCCCCUGUUUUCCUUUUUGAUAAUACAUUACCUUUAUAAGCACUAGAACCCUUACAAAAUGCUCAAAGUUUCCUAUUUAGACUGCUGUCAACGGAGGCCUAGUGUUCAAAUUUGAUAACUAAUACUGAAAAAAGAAUAACAUAGGAACACAGUGUAUAUCCUUCUUAUUCAGUUUAUGAAAUAUCUUUUAGGAAAUGGUAGAGAACCAAAUGUCGAAGUAUGCCUUUUUACCAUUACGUAACUAACUAUGCUAUUCUAUAUCUAUGCUAUUUACAUAGGCUAUUCAGUCGGAUUUACAGUUGUCGGACGCCGAGCGCUCGCAGAACGACAGCAAUAGAUUCUUUAUAUACCUAAUUUUCAAGUCUAGGCUUAAGAUUUUGUUGAACUUCGACUUUUGAUGCCUUUUACUUCUUUUAGCCCAAGGCCAAAGUAACGACAAUGAAGUAAGGUGUCCUUCAAAGGUGCAGCUGUACUUCGCUUCGAACAUUAUAUACAGCACUAAUCUGGUGGGAUAUUGAGUAUUGCUGCCACUUACGUGCUGGUACUGCAAAGUGCAGAUGCCUCAAACUCAAAAAUGAGGGUUAUCUCCAACCCGUAUAGUGUGAAAGGGUACUUGUAGUCCCGACAAAGAGCAAAGAUACGAACACCGUCGCGUUAUAGUAUUGUAAAUUUUCUCCGUCGCCGCAGCGGUAGAGCCUCUAUCGAAUUUCUCCACGACAAGUCAUCAUUAUCAUUAUAAUCAUUACAGCCCUUUACAAGUCCACUGCUGAACAUAGGCCUUCCACAAGAAAUGCUACAAAGCACGGUCCUGAGUCACCUGCAUCUACUGUGUGUGGAUUACUCUGGUUCUACUUCGGAUAUCCUCAUUUCUGAGUUUAUCACGCUGAGAAACCCUGACCGUAGCACUCUCCAUAGCUUGCUGAGCGACCUUGAGCUUCCUCAUACAGUCAGCUGUGAAGGAUCACGUCUCAUCCAUAAGUCAUCACUGGCAAUACGCACUGGUUGUACAAUCUUGUUUUCAAGUUUUGAGGUAUACCUAACGUGACCAUACGUCCCGCUUUGGGCGGGACAGUCCCACUUUCAGGCUGUCUGUCCUGCUGUCAGCGCAGGCAAGAUUGUCCCGCUUUCGCAAACAGACCUAACUUCAUACUUCUACAUCUACGAAUUUUUUUUUUAAUUUAUUCAGGACAACAAACAAUUACAUAAUAAUGCUUAAACCAAAUAACAUUUUAUAAAUAACAUUAGUCAUUAUGUAACCAGCACCGUUAUCCACAAAGUAAUAUUAAAUUGGUAACAGUAAAUAAUAAAUGCACAAUAAACAGAGUAUAUGUAAAAAAGGGAAAAUAAAAUAAAAUUGACAGUAUUCAGUAACAU